AUGGCCGCCUGUGUGGACAACUCAAGAACGUCCCAACCCACUCCAAGCCAUCAUCUCUCAGUCUCAGAUCAACCCCGAUUUGACAAUCCCGUUUCCAAGUUAUUGAAGUUUUACAGACCAUGUUUGACAGAUUUUGUUUCACAAACAGCUACUAACCUGAACCCCGAACAACUCCCUCAGCCUCGGAGAACUUUCAUUGAAGAUACCAAAGGAGAAGAAGUGAAGAAAGAUUACAUAUGGAUGAAAAUGAGAGAGGAGUCUUAUAUGGAUGUUGAACGGGAGCCCAUCUUGUCUAGCUAUUAUUUUGCUUCAAUUUUGGCUCAUAAUUCUUUAGAAAGCGCGCUGGCGAAUCAUCUUGCAAAUAAACUGAGCAACUCUACCCUGCUUGUGCAUACCCUUUACGAUAUAUUUUCUGGUGUUCUUUGUGAAGAUCAGGAAAUUUUGGAAGCCAUAAAAGAAGAUUUGAAGGGAGUGAAAGAGAGAGACCCAGCAUGCACAAGUUAUGUGCACUGUUUCUUGAACUACAAAGGCUUCCUUGCAUGUGAAGCUCAUAGGGUGGCACAUAAUCUAUGGUUGCGAGGCAGAGAGGCCUUGGCACUAAUGAUUCAGAAUAGGGUGUCUGAAGUGCUUGCAGUGGAUAUCCAUCCCGGGGCCAAGAUCGGAUAUGGCAUAUUGCUCGAUCAUGGCACCGGGGUAGUGAUAGGAGAGACGGUGGUGAUAGGAAACAAUGUGUCAAUUCUGCAUAAUGUGACUUUGGGAGGAACAAGCAAGGAGUGUGGGGAUAGGCACCCAAAGAUUGGAGAUGGGGUACUAAUAGGGGCAGGGACCAAUGUGUUAGGGAAUGUAAGGAUUGGUGAAGGUGCUAAGAUUGGGGCUGGUGCUGUUGUGUUAAAAGAUGUACUUCCAAGAACUACUGCAGUUGGAAACCCAGCAAGAUUGGUUGGGAGGAAUGACCUGUUUAGGCUUGACACGGUCCAAGUUUAA